ACAAGGAAAGGAGCCACAGCCAAAUACGAGGGGGUACCCAAAAGUUUCCAGAAUGACGCUGCUGCACGCRCAGUUUUCGUAGUACACGAUUCUGCCKCUAGGUAUUUGUUCAACCACGCCUUCUCAAUCAGUGUGCCAAGCGGCAUUGAUGUGGAAGGUUUCAUCUACCCGCAGUGAAUUUUCUUGUAAGAGCCGUUUUUUCCAGCCGUCGUUUUUCUUCAUGAAGAAAUUCUAUAAUCAGCGCGUGGCUGAAGCUUUGCUUCCUGCUCGGGAAAAAAGCAUCGGAAACCGUUCAAAUGUUAAAGACCGCAAGGAUGACGCUAUGUGUCAAGCUCAAGUUUACUCGUGGUUCACCUGCUUUAAAAAUGGUGAAAUGUCAAUUGAUGAUCAACCGCUUUUUUCCGGAGCAGGAAGCAAAACUUCACAGCCGCGCUGUGAAGCCGGAAAAAAGCGGUUGUCUUUUAAAAACAUUUAGGAUCUUAGUGAUUAUUUUGAUUUGUGUGGAAGAAGAGAUCGUCUCAGCCUCCUGGCGGAGUUCAGUUUUUUGUCACCAGAAGACGCUACUGCCGAGAUCAACUCAUAACCUCCCUCAGAUCGACUAGUGAAUCGUGACCACUGUAUUGGGCACCUGUAACAGCAGCAAUCUAAUUUUGCAUACAGUCACAAAUGUCCAUUUAAAAUUUCAGAUAAAGAGACUGGGUGAAAAUGAACUCUUUGGUGCAAUAAAAUUGAUUGAAAAUCAAUUUAUUCACUGCAUGUUUAAGUCUGUUUGUGUAAGGCUGAGAUGGAACUGUACAUGAAAACGGCCCUUUAAACCAAUCAGACUAUCAACUCAAGAGAUACAAUCAAAACAGUCAGUUAUUACCUUGUAAUAAUAACUCAGAAAUAGUCCAAAUAGUUUGGAUGUAUUCUUUUUUAUUUCUUUUCUUUUUACGGAAAGUUUCUGUUUAUAUCAUAGGAAUAUAUAAAACGUCUGAUAUUUCACAACAAGAUAUUAACGUACAUGGAAAAACCUCACGAAAGCCUUAGAAAGUAUGGUGACCACGAAAAAAAGGCUUACAGUAUUCGAUUGUGCCACACAAACUGAUUCGUGCAUUAUUGUGAGAGAACGCAAAACCUAUGAGGUAAGGCAAAGAAAAAGAAAAUCCCAAUGUUCCUCAGAUCUGCAGAAAGGUAAUGAGACAGACAAUUAUGUUGCUGUCAGAAAUCCCAGUCCAGCUUGAUUACCUGCAAUUGCUGCUGAACAAUCAUGAGAAAACACAAUGAGCAGCAGAGGACUCAACACUCUAUUUUGCAAUGAUCCUUUACUUAAAGUGGAGUGGACAUCUUUGCAGUUGUGUGCUUAGAAAUGGUAAAUGGCCUGUAGUCCAGAUGGUCCAAAAGUGUUCCACACACACUUCACUCACUCAUCCAUUCAUAAAUACAUUGUAGCCACAGCUUCCCGGGGGCAGUCUGACAAAAGUGAAGCUGAUCUUCAUGUGGCCCAAUGGGUAAAUCACAUUAUGUUGAUUUUGUGUUCCCAGGCCCAAUUAUUCUAUAUAGGCUGUAUAUUUGCAAUAACAAUGUUUUUCUUUUCUUCAAAGGAACACAAGAAAAAAAAAUGCAAAGUCCACUGAGAACGAUCAAACUUGCAUGAUUCCUCAAAUAUUCAUUUAUAGAUUUCUACCUCAAAUAAGAAGCUAAAUGCAAAUGUUAGACCACUAAGUUCAAUAAUGUCUGUGAAUUUAAACGCAUAACAACAACGUUAUAAAAUUUGCUAAGUAGCCUUAGCCACAGAAAAAGUGCAAAGCAACAACAUACUUACAAACCAACUUCCCCAUUCUUAAUGGUGCAGAAACAGGAAGAAAUAUAGGAAGAAGACAAGAGAGCAGCUGAAUCUCUUCGUUGAAGAGAUUCACUGAAGACGAAACAAAGGUAAAUAAAACUUUGACUAAUGCAAUGCUUUACCCCACAUUAGAUUGAUAAACAGUACUUUCUUGCUGAAUGAAAUGAAAUGAACAAUAUAAUGAUUACACUUAUAAAUAUUAUAUGCAUUUGUAUUUACUGAAAAGUCACAAUUGACUAACAACAAGACUUAUCUUAAACAUUUUGCAAAGUAGUUAUGCUGUCAGAAAAUAAAAUCCAGUGUGGAAAUGCUGUACUAAACGCAACAUUAUGUCUGAACUUUUUUUUGAUUCAGUUUCAGUAUUUUUCUGAAACUCCUGCUAAAAGUUUCUUACCUGUUUGGAAUGGACUGAAUAUGUCAAGCUUCAAAUCUGGGAUGCUUGUUUUCAUCUGGUUAAUCAUGUCUUUCCCUACGUACAUUGAUGCAUUACAAAGGGAAACGUUCUGUCUGCAUGAAGGUUAUUGUGUUACUUUCAAUGAGGGCGAAAUAAGAGCAGAAGUUGGACUCUGUGCUGUGAUACCAUGUGCUUUCACAGCUCUCUUUGUACCCAAAUAUAUUAUUUGGUAUAAAUGUGAACCACUUGGGGCCAAAUGUGACAAUUCUGACCCAGUAUUUCACUCUGGCAAGAGUGAGUCCAAUGGUCGCAUGUCACUGCUGAACCUGAACAUGACUCAGAAGAACUGCAGCAUGAUGAUCAACGAUCUUAAGAAAUCUGAUUCUGGAUGGUAUCAGCUCCGAGUUGAGGGAAAAGAAACAGGAGAAGCAUACACAUAUCUUGCAAAAGCAAAUCUCUCCUUAACAGGUCUGAACCAAAAGCCCUCAGUGAUGAUUCCUCCACUGACUGAGGGACAGCAGGCCACUCUGACCUGCACUGCUCCUGGUCUCUGCUCUGGGUCUCCUCCUAACAUCACCUGGAUGUGGAGAGGAAAAGGAGGGAAAGACUCUUUCAUCAAAGGAAACAUUACUGCCUCAAAAACUGAAAAUCAGACUGCUUUCACACAGAGACACAUCUCAACUCUGACCUUUAACUCUUCAGCUGAUCACCACAACACCAAUAUGACCUGUAAGGUCAGCUUCACAUAUGGCAUAACUACAGAGGAGACUGUGACUCUGAAUGUGACAUAUGUAAGAAAACCUCAGAUUUCUGGCAGAGCAACAGUUAGAGAGGGAGAUGAUCUGAAUCUGACCUGCAGUGUGGACAGUUUCCCCCCCUCAGUUAUCGGCUGGAGUAAAUCUACAAAACAAGCUGAACACCGGAGCCACAAUCUAACCAAAGUGCAUGGCCGCCAUGAAAUCUGUAAUCAGGACACGAGUAGAAUUUUCUUGUUUUCCAUCUCUAAUGUGACAGAAGAAGACGCUGGUUUUUACAUCUGCACAGCACAACACCUGAACUACAGUCUGAGAGAAGAAAUUAAUGUAACAGUGAAAUAUGUUAGAAAACCUCAGAUCUCUGGAAGAACGACAGUCAUGGAGGGAGACGAUCUGAACCUGACCUGCAGUGUGGACAGCGUUCCUCCAUCAGUUAUUAAAUGGACUAAAUCUGGAGCAAAAGCACAUUGCCAGGACAAUAUUUUCAGCAAAGUCCAUAACAACACAGUCGUCUACCUGCAGGAAAAAAGUGGACAUGUCUUUUUUUCCGUCAUGAAUGUAACAGUAGAAGAAGCUGGACGUUACAUUUGUACAGCAACGUAUCAGAAUGACAGCAUGACAGAAGAAAUUCAUGUGAAAGUGAACUUUAAUCAUGUGAAACAAUGUGCGUGUGGCGGUGGAGCUCUUCCCUGGGUCGUUGCUGGUGUUACACUCAGUCUGCAUCUUUUCUCUAUGAUCUACUUGUACCACGUUUGGAACACAAGAAAAAAGGCUGAACCCACUGAAGAUGAUCAAACUUACAUGUGCAUGCAAAAAACCAAUGUAUCAGCAGAAUAAAAUGUUAUUGUUCAACAACCGCA